GCGUCGCCAUGGCAACGGCCGCGUCGCUUUCCGGGGGCGGGAGAUUUCCGUUGGGGCAGCGGGGCUCGCGGUCCCCCGCUCGGCGCUCGCCCCCCCCACCCGCCCUCCGCCCCCCGCCCCGCGCCCCGCAGGCCAUGGCCGGGCCCGCCCUGCGCAUUGGCGACCAGCUCAUCCUGGAGGAGGACUACGACGACAGCUACAUUCCCAGCGAGCGAGAAAUCCAGGAGUUCGCUCGCGUGGUGGGCAUCGACCCCGAGCACGAGCCGGAGCUAAUGUGGCUGGCCCGGGAGGGCAUCGUGGCGCCGCUGCCCGCCGAGUGGAAGCCGUGUCAAGAUAUCACUGGCGAUAUCUAUUACUUCAAUUUUGCCAAUGGCCAGUCGACCUGGGACCACCCGUGCGAUGAGCGAUACCGCCAACUUGUGAUCCAGGAAAGAGAAAAAAUUCUGGAACAUGGAGGUCUUAAAAAGAAAGAGAAAAAGAAGAAAAAGGCAGAAAAGAAAAAGGACAAGAAAGAAAGAGACCCUUCGAAGCAUUCUGUGGAGAUGCAGUCGGAGCCAGGGAUUCUUCCGUCGACGUCCUUUUAUCGAGUAUCGUCUCCUAUCCUGUAUUCAGAGCAUGGUAGUCCUGACCUAGAGCAACCGGGCAGCCUGGUAGCACAGAAUGACUCCUUCCUGAAAAACCCCAAGGGAAAGUUUUCGGAUGCCGGUGAUUUGUCCAGGCUGCUAUCGAGCCCUGCCCCAGGGAAACUACAACCUCUUCUGCCAGAAAAAUCAAACCGUGCUCAACAGAUCCUUGCAGAUGUGGAGAAAAUUCUUGGAAGAAAUGCAUCUUUCAGCAGGUCAGACGUUAAUCAUCAAGCACAACAAGAUGCAAAUACAGAAAUCGGAUGUGCAGCUGCUAGUGGUGUUUUAUCAGACUUGGAAGCUGAGGAUGUAGACAGCAUCCACCUCAUAAAGCCUUUUUUCCAAACACUGAAGAAACCCUCUCAUAGCACUUUAGCAGGUGCAAUGACUGUGUUAGCCCUGGGGGGAGUCAAGGAGAAAAAGCUGUUGUUAGAGGGAGAAAAACAAGGUGAGGAUCGUGGGAAAGGCCAUGCGGAGGGAGAUGGACUAGUCAGGAAGGAGGACUUCUUGCAGAGCGUUGAAAAGGAAAUGCAGCUUUCUCCCUCUGCUGCUGCUUCCACAUUGAUCUCAUCCAGGACUUUGGAGGGACAAGGUGACAUCCGUUAUUUUCAAAAUGAAGUAUUAAGGCCUCUGGAGAGAAUAAAGGAGAACAGAAGGAGAAAAAAGAACCCUUCUGAACAAGGCCAGGCCACAGAGUCCAGCCCAUGGCAGAUCGAGACUCUUGUUCCUCAUUCUCAGCUGCAGGGUUCUGUUGAGCUUGGAGCCAAGGCAGGAAUUUCGGAGAGCGAAGUGUCAUCUCCUACGCCGGGUCAACUCACAGGGCGGAAAAAACACGAUUCAAAGAUAGAAUCUGACAGCGGUAAUAGCAUCAGUGUUGCUAGCAGCCUGUCUGACCACCUUGCUUCUCAGGUCUUGGGUGAAGUAGACAAUUUAUCCUGGGACUUGCAGAGCUCUUGUGAAUCUGAACAUCCCACAAAGCACCUGCCUUCUCCCCAAAGACCAUUUUUGGAAGCUGUGAAUAGCCAAGCACAAAGCUCCCCAGACAAUCAGUCAGCAAGUGAGUGCUAUUCGGAGGAUCAGAAGUUCUAUCAACAUGUCCUCCACAUGGUGCAGAAGUCGAGGAGAACAGAAUCGGGGGUAGCCAAGUCUCUCGAGGGUCAGAAGGGCUGCAGCAAAGGGCCUGGUUCUGAUCAGACUGUUCAGCCUGAUGUUGCUGGAGAAGGAACUACAGAAAUGGCAGCAGUAGAAGCCGCAGCAACUCCUGAAGGAGAGAAGUUGAAGCCUUGUGAAGGUCAAGCGUGUCUCCGCCAAGACAACCAGGCAGGAGAACAGCUGGGGCCCAAGACGGUUUUGAUUCCAAAAGACGGAGAUGGAAUUGAAGAGCCCAGCAGCUGUGGAAAAAAUACUUCGAAAUCCAAAAAUGAGGAGGAAAAAGAAGCUUGUUUGCCUCACUUGAUAUCUGAUGUGACAGAGAAGAAAGAAGUCGAUGAGAAUCUUAUUCUAGAAAAAGUCCUGGACCCGGCUGAAAUACCUCCAGUCCUAAACAGUCCAAAAUUUGGGGUGAACAGAGCCACCUUUGAAAGCACUUCGAAAGAGGAAGAUAAAAACUGGUUGGCGCAGGAGAAAAAUGAGGACAAAGACAGCUUGGAAGAGGAGCAAAAUAGUGGAUCUGCUAUGACAGAAGAAAGCAGGCAGUUUGAGACUGAAAUCAAUCCAAUAAAGCCAUGGAAUGUCCAUACUGAGGAGUUACUGGAGAAAAUAACCAAAGUGGAAGAAACAAACAUGUAUUUGCUGGAAGAAAAACAGAUACAUAUUCAGAAUUUGCAGGAAGAACUGCAACAGCGAGAGGAAGAAGAGAUCCAGAUGUUACAUCAGCAGAAAGAGUCUGCCCUCCAGUUACUGAAAACUGAGUUGGAGACAACUAGGCAGGAAGAAGAGAUACGCUUAAGGGAAGAGAUCAAAGUGGAAUUUCAAAAACUCCACACUGAGUUAAAUUCUGAGAUGGAUGCAGGGAAGGAGAAGAUCAGCCUGGCCCAAGAAGCUGCACUGAACCAGCUGAAAGAGGAGCUAGAAUCCUUUCAGCAACAGGAGAGAGAAAAGCUCCAAAAGCAGAAGUGGCUUUCUCUGGAAAGGAUAAAAAAAGAGGCUGAAAUGGCUGAGCAGGCUGAACAAAUGGCGCUGGAGCAGGAGAACCAGAGGGCCCUGGAUGAACUGAGGGAGAAGCUGUGCAGAGAAAAGGAACUGGCUCUGCAGGAACUACAGGUGCAGCUGGCAGCAGAUAUCCAGCAACAAAAAAAUGCAGCAGCAGAAGACCACCAGAAGGUUAUUCUGACUCUCCAGAUGGAAAUCAUGGAGGCUCAGAGAAGAGAGAAAGCAGAACUUCAGAAGGCACUCGAGAAUGUGGAGCAAAACGUUCAGCAAAAGAGACAUCAAGUAGCAGAGUAUGAGCGAGAGCUCAGCGAUCUUCUGAAAGAGAAGCGUCAAGAGGUUGAGCACGAACAUGCUAGAGAGUUGGAAAAAAUGCAGAAGAUACACCAGGAGGCUCUAGCUAGGAUUCAGAUGCAACACGAGGACAAGGAGAAGAAGCAGAAGGUCGAGCUGCUUGCAAGGCUGCAAGAUGAGCUGGAACACAUGGAACUGCUCCACAAGGCCCAGCAAGAGGCCUUGCGAAAGACGCACAUGGAAGAUAUGAAGGAACUGCGCCAGAAGUGCCAGGAGCAGGAGAAAAAGGCCCAGGAUGCAGAACUGGAGCUGGAGCUCCGAGCAAAAGAUGCCCAGACAAAAGCAGCUCAGCUCUGUGCCCAGGAGGAGGCCUGGAAGAAGAAAAGGCAGCAGGUCCUAGAAGAAGAGAAGCAGCUUGAAGAAGAAAGACAUGAAGCUGCUUUGGCAGCUCAUUCCCGCCUUGAGGAGUCUCAAAAAGCACAGGAGAAUCUAGAAGAGACCUUACAGCAGCUGCACAGUACUCUGGCGGAACUCCAGGAUCAGAAAAUAAAGUUGGAGUCUCAGGUGGAAUUGCUACAGAUACAGAGCCAACAGCUUGAGAGGCAUACCAGUGAGUUGGAAGAGACCAUCAGGACAAAGCAAGAGCUGCUAAAGAAACUGGAUAAAGAAUGGAGUGAAGCAAUUUCUCCAAGGGAAAAGGAAGAAGCACUCCGAAUGGAAGACUUACAAGGGGACGGUCCAGAGCCUUCCUCCAGAGAAAUGACAUCUGAAAUACCAAAAAGCAAUGAAGAAAACAGCCUUCUGAACCAAGUACGGCACUACAUUUCUUCUGAGGGAGCUUCCCUGAAGACAGCGAAGGAAUUCUUGUUGUGCCAGACUCGUUCCAUGAGAAAAAGGCGAACAGCCUUGAGAGCAGCAAAGCAGCAUUGGUAUGGUGGUCUACAGGGAACACCCACUGUGCAAGACUCAGGCCAUUCUCAGGUGUUAGAGGGAGUGCGCAGGAACCUGGAAGAGGAAGGGAGGCAGCUAGAUGAAAUGAAAUCUGCCAUGCGGAAAGGGCAGGAACUGCUGAAGAAGAAAGAAGAGAGGCUCAGCCAGCUGGAAUCCUCUCUUCUGGAAGAGUUUUCUGAUGAAGAUACAAUCAAGGGAGUGGCCUGCAAGAAAAUGGUGACUUUUGACCUCAAUGACUCUGAAGACACAAGUAGCCUUAUGAGUGCUGAUCAGUCUCUUCACAAAACAGCUGACUUGAAACUGGAUGUCCAGUUUUCUCCCUUUGACAAGAUCCAGUAUUUGACUGAGUCACUACAACGCAUCACCAGUGACCUGAACUGUGUCCUUCAUCUCCUGAGUAACUUCAGCAGCCAGCAGACUCUCUUCGCUUCCACCCAAGGCCAGUCACUGGCUCCACUGGCCAGGGACGGAAUUCCUCUGACUGCUUAUACCUCCCUGGCACGUGCCUAUUCGGCCACAUCAUUUGCACCUUCUGCUGGACUUCAGUCAGUCUGGUGCAAUUCUGGUCCCGGUUCUGCCACUGUGAGCAGACAAUCUGUGGACAAUAUGUUGAUGGAGAAAUGGCGCAAGUAUUUCCCAGGGAAGUUCCCAUUGCCCUGUGGUGGGCUUGGUGCUCAAGAUGACAAGCUGGACGCCUUAAUAACUGGCGAACAAGUCUGCCUGUUCCAGCACCCUCAUUUUCAGGGCUCCAAGGCUGAGAAGCCAAACAUCCAGCGCAUGAUUGAUGCCAAUAAGAAAUGGCUGGAGAGUUUCAAGCAUGAUUGCAAAAGAUUCUCCAUCCCAGGGAACGACAUAAAUGUGAAAGAGAAAGAAGCGUAUGCCGAAUGGAGAAAGGUGCCUGAAUCCUCAGUCCAGCUAUGGCUACCGAGGGGGCCGGCAGCGCGUUUCUGCUCCUGCAGAAACUGGGAAUAUGAACUACAAAAUCAAUCUUUGCAGAGGCUGAAGCAGGUCAUGAGCAAGUCCAAUUCCCCAGGUGCUUCUGGGUUCUGGGAGUUCAUUUCUACUCCUGGUUUCUAUCCUUUCCCUAAGGGCUCACGUGCCUGACCUGCUGGUGUCUUGUCAGGAGCACUGGUGGUGUAUUCAUGGCACUCAUUGGGCCUAUUCUUCAGAGCUCUCGCCAACACCAGAAGGUAAGCAGAAAUUUGGGGGAAAUGGCCCAAUGUUCUCUUCUUUGCAAAUGGUUGGUAUAUCUUUAAGCUGCCAAAAGAAAGCUAAAUUUCUCAACCACCUCCCCUCCCCCACUUCUAUUUUCAACUGGACCGCUGAUCUCCAGGGUUGCUUUUUAAACAAUGAUCACCAUGUGUCUAAACAGGCAGCAGAAACCACCCUCCCCAAUGAUGCUGGUGCUACAAGUGGCCACGGGCCUCUCCUUUGUGGGGCAGGCAGAGCAGCUUUUCUCCUGUCCUGGGUUGUAUGGGACUGGAAGGACUUGUUUCAUUGCCCUUCCAAUAAAUGAAAUCCAUAUUAUAGCCAAAAAUUGGUGGUGUGCAUCCUUCAGCUAUUAACUGUUUUUAAAUUCUGAUCAAAUGUACUCUUUCCUACAUCUCUCAUGACUUUGUUGCUUUUUCCCUGCUGCAGUCAAGAAGAUUUUUUUGAAGGAAGAUUUUAAAAUGGCUUACAUUUGCAUUGCUUCGACAUUUAUUUUGUGAGCUGUUCUAUUCCUUAAUCAAGGCAGAGGCAAUCAUGGAGAUUGCUAGGAGAAAAGUGCAUGUCUCUCUCUGGAUACCCAGCAGAUCAGCUACAGCCAGAUUUUUCUGCUGGGCUUUUGUAAUCAGAGUGUAAAUGGUGGUGGGCUUUCCAGGGAUUAUAUGCUGAGCAGAAGUCCCGUGCCUUCUGCUCCAUGCCUAAUCCUUACCCCCCAACACACCUUUCCCUCUCCCCUGGUGGGCUUUCUAUUGGUGGGCCCCAUUGGAAUGUGACCUCCCUCAGGCCUCCUGAAUGAAGAUUGGAGGUUCUGAAACAGGGGAGGUUCCUACGCAGGCCAUUCAGGGAGAGCUAGCCCCAUCGCACCAUCAGGCGUAACGUUCCAUCCCAUGCUGGGAGCAUAUUAAUGAAUCCGUCCCUUUAAUGAAUCCGUCCCUUUGAUCAGAUGCACAGUAAGGAGGGUGUUUGCUUGCAUUCUCUUGUUAAGGAAUGGUGGAGUUAGCUGCAGGCAUUACAGGGCAAGGGACUCAAGGCCUACCUCCCUUCUCAGGAAGUAGAUCACUCUGAGAUGUUUGCACCAAGCUAUGCAGUAUUGCAUGUCACAUCUCAGCAGUACAAGCCAGCUGGGGGGCUAUGGACUUAAGCCCCUAUGACAGUCUUCAGGUCUUUGUACUGACGUGCCACCAGCUUCUUGCCAUCCCAGCCCUCGGCCUAGAAGGUUGCCACCACGUCUUGCAUGGUGGCAGGGAGUUGUGAAGUGUUGGCAGCUUCCAGUGUGGCCAUCUAAUUGGCUAAGAUGGCAGGUGGUGCCGGGUCUCUUGUCCUGAGGCUGCUGCUUGUCAUGUCAAAAAGGAGCUCUGAUAGAGAAGCACAUAGACAAGCCACUUCGAGGCUCUUCUUCAGUACUGCUGAUCGCUUUAGGCCAGCAUUGCUGCCCGUGAGUUAGAAGCAGCGUUUCUUUGCCUCUGGAAACUGGCCCUGAAACUCCCAGGGUUAUAUUUGGAAAAGGACACCUUUGCAAACCUUGAUGAGUUGCUAGUUCGUCUUUUGCUGGUAAUUACCACCCUCGUGUUACCACUUCCUUGCUGAAUUCCCUCCUUGGCCACAGCAUGUUCCUGGAAAUGUCAUCUGGAACUAUCCAUGAGGGCUAGUAAAGGGGAUUGAGGAAGAAGAACUGUCUCAAUUCCUAGAGCUGUAAGAUCUGCUGAACCCAGAAUUGUCAGCCAGGGGCCAUGACAUCCAUAUAUGGGAAGAUAAAAGUCACGGGAGUGCCUUAUGGUUGGGGAGCAUUAGUACCAAAGCAUCUUCUUUGGGGCAGCCAUCUUGCCAUAAACAAUGAAACGCGGCAUCUGCGUUAUACAUGUAUCAUGUCUAUCAGCCCAUAUUACCAAUUGACAAGUUUAAUUACAAACUUUAAUCACUGCCCCCACCCCACCCCCGGCCAAUCAGUGUGAGCUUUCUAAUAACUCUGCUUGCCGGAUUUGUUUAGAAAAAAGAUUGUGAGAUCCUCCCCCUCCUCCUCCUCCCAGGAUUUCCUACAACCAGCUCCUUCUUUCAGCCAAUGCUGUUACAGGAAUCGCAUUCCCUCCUCCCCCCA